AUGAAGGCAAUAAUCAACGUCCCAAACUUCCCUCAUCUAUCAUUCGAGCAAGAUACAGGUUCCAAAACUGACCAGCCUGGGCUAUGCUCAACUGAAACCACGAUUUCCCUCGCUAGUACGCGAACGGUCAAGUUGAGAGAUAAGAUUGCCCGUUCGUUUCGACGGGUUUCCAUUCUGCCUUGA